AUGGCCGCCAUGAUGCCUAGCGGAACAUCUUCCGCGAACCCCUACGAACACUACGAUCAUGAUCCGCUCGAAGAUGAUCUUAUCGACCCAGAUGAUGAAGCUGCUUUGGACCUCGAAGACCCUCUCGCAUCGUCCUCCGACCGAGCACCCCUGACAGGCAACAUCCAACAACCAUCAGCUCGCGCGCAAAACACCCAAUCUUACCUGAACGAUACCAUUGGCGGCGAGGACCGUAGAGCACCUCAAAACACUAUCGAUGAGAGCGUUUGGGAAACCCUGUCACGAGACUUGCUCGCCAUUUGGGAGAAGAUGCGCCAAGUGCUUUAUCCCAAAUAUCUCCUAGGUGGUCUGCUCCAACGCGGCGGAGGUAUGGGAGGUGCAGAAAGAGCUGAGGGAGACAGUCUCAGCGGCGGUGGUUUGCAUGGGCUGGUAGGCAGAUGGCCAGAUGCAGAUACGGUUCUGCAGAGCGGCAUGAGUGAGGGCUUGAGGGACUGGGAUCUUUGGGGUCCUCUCGUCUUCUGCUUGCUCCUGAGUUUCCUUCUCUCACGCGGUGCACAAGACGAGCAGAAGUCGAUAGUUUUUUCUGGAGUCUUCGCUACCGUCUGGAUUGGAGAGGCUGUUGUCACACUUCAAAUCAAGCUUCUAGGCGGCAGCAUUUCGUUCUUCCAGUCAGUGUGCAUCAUAGGGUAUACUUUGUUCCCACUUGUCAUUGCAUCAAUGCUGAGCGCGAUCGGUCUGCCCAUGAUUGCCAGAAUCCCCGUGUACAUUGUGCUGGUCGCAUGGUCACUGGCUGCAGGUGUCAGCAUCCUUGGAGGCUCUGGUGUCGUCAAGAAUCGGGUCGGCAUUGCAGUCUUUCCUCUGCUGGUCUUCUACAUUGGCCUAGGAUGCUUGUGUUUCAUCAGCUAG